AUGGGGAGUGUUGACGGAGGGAAGCUUAGAUUUUGUAUUGACAGAGGAGGCACAUUCACCGAUGUCUAUGCUGAAAUUCCUGGCAAGACUGAAGGACGAGUCAUGAAGCUGUUGUCUGUUGACCCAUCGAAUUAUGAUGAUGCGCCAGUUGAAGGAAUUAGGAGGAUUCUAGAAGAAUUUACGGGUGAUAAGAUUCCACGAAGUGCAAAGGUCCCCACAGAUAAGAUUGAAUGGGUAAGGAUGGGAACAACUGUAGCAACAAAUGCACUGUUAGAGAGGAAAGGGGAGAAAAUUGCACUGUGUGUGACUCGAGGCUUCAGGGAUCUGCUGCAGAUUGGCAAUCAAGCCCGUCCACAUAUAUUUGACCUCACUGUGUCAACCCCAUCAAAUCUUUAUAAAGAGGUGGUGGAGGUUGAUGAGAGAGUUGAACUUGUUCUUGAUGGGGAGAAAGUAAAGUCAGAUUCUUCUGCAUCAAUAGUUCAGGGUGUUUCAGGCGAGCUUGUCAGGGUUGUGAAGCCAAUCAACAAGGAUGCUUUAGAAUCUUUGCUUAAAGGACUCCUCGGAAAAGGUAUUAGCUGCUUAGCUGUUGUCUUAAUGCAUUCUUACACUUACCCCGACCAUGAAAUAUCAAUUGAAAAGUUAGCUCUGAGUUUGGGGUUCAGACAUGUUUCAAUAUCAUCGGCUUUGACUCCUAUGGUUCGAGCUGUCCCUCGGGGUUUCACAGCAUGUGUGGAUGCGUACCUGACUCCAGUUAUUAAAGAAUAUUUGUUGGGAUUUAUGUCUAAGUUUGACGAAGGACUGGGCAAAUUGAACGUUUUGUUUAUGCAAUCAGACGGGGGACUUGCACCAGAAAGCAGAUUUUCAGGCCAUAAAGCAGUUUUGUCAGGUCCUGCAGGUGGAGUUGUUGGCUACUCACAGACUCUUUUUGGAGUAGAGACGGAAAAGCCACUAAUUGGUUUCGACAUGGGCGGUACGUCUACGGAUGUGAGCCGAUAUGCGGGCAGCUAUGAACAAGUUAUAGAAACCCAAAUUGCUGGAGCUGUAAUCCAAGCACCUCAGCUUGAGAUAAAUACUGUUGCUGCAGGUGGUGGAUCAAAGUUAAAGUUCCAGCUCGGAGCUUUCAGGGUCGGGCCAGAAUCAGUGGGUGCACAUCCAGGACCGGUUUGUUACCGUAAGGGAGGCGAACUGGCUGUUACUGAUGCAAAUCUUAUUUUGGGAUAUGUAAUUCCGGAUUAUUUCCCAUCAAUUUUUGGCCCAACUGAAGAUCAACCAUUAGAUAUCAAUGCAACGAGAAACGAAUUUGUGAAACUCGCAAAACAAAUCAAUUCUUAUAGAAAGAACCAGGAUCCAACUGCAAAAGAUAUGACAGUGGAAGACAUUGCACAGGGAUUUGUAAAUGUUGCCAAUGAAACUAUGUGCCGUCCUAUACGACAAUUGACUGAGAUGAAGGGCCACGAGACAAAGAAUCAUGCUCUUGCUUGCUUUGGAGGUGCUGGACCUCAACACGCUUGUGCAAUUGCUAGAGCACUGGGUAUGAAGGAAGUACUAAUUCACAGGUUUUGUGGGAUUUUAAGUGCUUAUGGGAUGGGAAUGGCCAAUGUUGUGGAGGAGGCACAGGAGCCAUAUGCUUCGAUUUAUGGUCCUGAAUCUUUGUUAGAGGCGUCGUACAGAGAAGCAACUUUAUUGGAGCAGGUAAAGCAAAAACUGCAAUUGCAAGGGUUUAUAGAGGAAAAUAUCACAACUGAAACAUAUUUAAACUUAAGGUACGAAGGAACGGACACUGCUAUCAUGGUUAAGUACCCUAUCAAUGACGAUGGGUCGACAGGUGAUUAUGCCGUUGAAUUCGUGAAGUUAUUUCAACAAGAGUAUGGAUUUAAACUUGAGAAGAGGAAUAUAUUAAUAUCUGAUGUGAGGGUUCGUGGGAUUGGAGUGACAAACAUAUUGAAACCCCAUUCUCUAGAACCUGCCUCAGUGGAUGCUAAAGUUGAACGUUACUACAAGGUCUAUUUUGUGAAUGAAUGGCAUGAUACACCUUUGUUCAGGCUCGAGGAUCUUGCAUAUGGUCACGUAAUACUUGGUCCUGCUGUAAUUAUGAAUGGCAAUAGCACUAUGAUAGUAGAACCUAACUGUAAAGCUACCAUCACGAAAUAUGGUAAUAUCAAGAUUGAAAUCGGGUUAGUUCAUAGCAAUGUAAAAAUUUCAAAUGAAGUUGCAGAUGUUGUCCAGCUCUCAAUCUUCAAUAACCGAUUCAUGGGAAUAGCAGAACAGAUGGGUCGCACCCUUCAGAGAACUUCUAUAUCAACAAAUAUUAAAGAACGGCUAGAUUUCUCCUGUGCUCUUUUUGGCCCUGAUGGAGGUUUAGUUGCAAAUGCACCACAUGUUCCCGUGCACUUAGGAGCUAUGUCAAGCACGGUUAGAUGGCAGCUGAACUAUUGGGGUGACAAUUUGAACGAAGGAGAUGUUUUGGUUACCAAUCAUCCUUCUGCUGGAGGUAGUCAUCUUCCCGAUAUUACUGUUAUUACACCCGUUUUCAAUAAAGGGAACCUGGUAUUUUUCGUUGCAAGUCGAGGGCAUCAUGCCGAGAUUGGAGGUAUUACUCCUGGGAGCAUGCCGCCUUUCUCAAAGUCGAUAUGGGAGGAAGGAGCUGCAAUAAAAGCAUUCAAGCUUGUGGAGAAGGGUCAUUUUCAAGAAGAAGGGAUUACCGAACUUCUACGGUUUCCCUGUUCUGAUGGAUCAUCUUUUAACAUCCCAGGAACACGCAGGCUUCAAGAUAAUUUAUCAGAUCUUCAUGCGCAAGUAGCUGCAAAUCAAAGAGGAAUUUCACUUAUCAAGGAGCUUAUCGAGCAAUACGGUUUGUAUACUGUCCAGUCAUACAUGAAUCAUGUGCAGGUGAACGCAGAAGAAGCAGUGAGGGAAAUGCUCAAAUCUGUUGCUGCUAGAGUUUCUUCCAAUUUUGCCAAGGGUGGAGAGGGAGAUUUAGUGAUCAUCGAAGAGGAAGAUUUCAUGGACGACGGAUCUGUUAUAAGCUUAAAACUUACAAUCGAUCCUAAGAAAGGAGAAGCAUCUUUUGAUUUUUCUGAGACAAGCCCUGAAGUUUAUGGGAACUGGAAUGCACCUGAGGCAGUGACAUCUGCAGCAGUCAUUUACUGCCUGCGUUGUUUGGUGGACGUUGAUAUUCCCCUCAAUCAAGGAUGUUUGGCUCCUGUAAAUAUAUAUAUUCCUCCCGGUUCUUUUCUCUCUCCUAGUGAUCGGGCUGCGGUCGUUGGAGGUAAUGUCCUUACAUCUCAGAGAAUCACCGAUGUUAUUCUUACAGCAUUUCAGGCUUGUGCUUGUUCACAGGGUUGCAUGAAUAAUUUAACCUUUGGGGAUAAUACAUUUGGCUACUACGAGACAAUUGGUGGUGGAAGUGGGGCCGGCCCUAACUGGGACGGUACCAGUGGAGUCCAGUGCCACAUGACCAAUACCCGUAUGACUGAUCCUGAGAUUUUUGAGCAGAGAUAUCCAGUUCUAUUGCAUAAAUUCGGGUUGAGGGAGAAUAGUGGAGGUGCUGGGUAUCAUAAAGGCGGUGAAGGACUCAUUCGGGAGAUACAAUUCAAACGCCCCGUAGUUGUUAGUAUUCUUUCAGAAAGGCGUGUACAUGCCCCAAGGGGACUGAAUGGAGGAAAAGAUGGGGCUCGUGGUGUUAAUUACCUUAUUACCAACGAUAAGCGAAAGAUAUAUCUUGGAGGAAAAAACACGGUCGAGGUGCAGGCCGGGGAAAUACUUCAGAUUUUAACUCCUGGAGGUGGGGGAUGGGGUUCAAAUUGA